AUGGCCUCGGUGUGGAAGCGACUGCAGCGCGUCAACAAGCGCGCCGCCAAGUUCCAGUACACCGCAUCCUACCACCGGAUAGACAUAGAGACCACGCCCAAAUGGAAGCCGAACAAGCUGAGCAUCGUGUGGACGAGGCGGUCACGGCGCGUGGUCACCGAGCCCCUGGAAUGGGAGCCAUCGCUGAAGGACCCUCUCAAGGGUUCCGUUAUAUUCACCGUGCCCGAGAACCAAACGGUGACCGUCACGCUGUUCCGCGACCCGCGCACCAACGAGCUCGAGGACAAGGAUUGGACCUUCGUGCUGGAGGACGUGUCGCCGACCGGCAAGCGGCGCCGCCUGGCCGCGUGCGCCCUGGACCUCCGGCGCCACGCGUCCCUGGCCGCAGCGCAGAGGACCCUCCGCCUGCAGCUGGAGCCCGCAGCGAGGCGGCUGCGCAGCGCGUCCCUGCACCUCACGCUGCACAGCGUUCUUCUGCGUGAAGGCCACGCCACGGACGAGGAUAUGCAGUCGCUGGCGUCGCUCCUGUCGGUGAACAACAACUCGGACAUCGCCGUUCUGGAGGACCUGGACGAAGAUGACUACACGCUCUCCGAUAACUCAACGAGACAGAUGCUGGAUCUCCGCCAGCAGAUGGAGGAGAUGACCCAGAGCCUGACGAACAGCGACGUGGCCGCCACGCCGAACAGCGUGCAGAGCCUCAACUUCGACAACUCGGCGACCCCCACCGCGCCCAUCAGCCCCGACGGCGACGGCCCCCCCACGCCCACCAACCCCACCAACCCCACCAUCCCCACCAACCCCACCAACCCGCCCGACCCCGCCACCGCAGAACCUGCCUCCCACCCUGAAGCAUCCGUCACCACCAAAGCCAGGCAGGAGCCCUUCGGCCUGACGAAGGCGCCGAUCAAGCCGGAACCACCCAAGUUCACCUCCACCCCGAACAAAGCGGACGCCUCCCUGGACGACGCCGAGGCCCUGAAGGUGAUGCAGUUCAAACCGAAGACUUUCGCCAAGAAGAACCUGAAGCCGCUCGAGCUCAAGUCGAACCUGAACAGCGCCGCCCUGGACGGCCGUGACGAGGGGGAGGAAGGGGAGAGGACGCCCCUCGUGGAGCCGGAGCGGCCGCUCCCGGCGAAGGGGCUGGACAAGGACAGGACGCCGGUGCAGGACCUGCUGGAGUGGUGCCAGGCGGCGACGCGCGAGCACCGCUCGUGCCGCAUCACCAACCUCACCACCAGCUUCCGCUCGGGGCUCGCCUUCUGCGCCAUCAUCCACCGCUUCCGCCCGGACCUCAUAGACUUCUCGGGGCUGCAGCCGGACGAGGCGGAGCGCAACCUGCGCGUGGCGCUGGAGGCGAGCGCCAAGCUGGGCAUCUCGCAGGUGCUCACGGCGGCCGACGUCUGCGCCAGGCCCGCGCCCGACAAGCUGGCGAUCAUGACGUACCUGUUCCAACUGAGGGCCCACUUCACGGGCAACGAGCUGCAGGUGGAGCAGCUGGGCAACGACGAGGCGGAGUCCUCGUACCUGGUGGGCAGGCACGACACGGACGGCGGGCUGCCGCGGGACCUCUUCAGCCGCGAGGUCAGCGCCAGGCGCUCCAGGAGGGCCGCGCCGCCCGAGGGCCUGGGCCGCAUGCUGUCCCCGGCGCGCGAGCCCAGCGCGCGCUGGUUCGCCGAGCCGCCCGGGGCCGCAGAGCCGAUACCCGCUCGGCCGGAGAAGCUGAUGACCAGGAAGGAGCUGACGGAUCCCUUCGGCUCAGAUGAGGAAGAGGAGACCACUCCACCAGUCCAGACCCACGAGGGGGCCAACCAUCUGCAAGAGAACGGGAAGGCGGACUCGAGGCCGACCAUGGAGCCCGUGACGAGCGAUCCUCUGUCCGCCCUCUGCCCGGAACCGAACCCGAGACCUCCCCCGACCCAGCAAGAGCAGGUGGCGCAGUCCCCGCCGGAACCGGAACUGCCCAAGCCGACGCCGCAACUGCUCUCGCGUCAUGACGAGCUCAAAGAGCGAGCGAGACAGCUGCUCGAGGCGACCAAACGGGAGGCGAGGGAGAAAGAGAAGAAUAGACGCCAGAGCUCGAAGGAUUCUGACGAGGGGAUGAAAACGGAGGCCGUAAACGGACUUAGGAACGGCGAAUUGAGCCCCAGUAAAAAGCCAAUGACGGAGGAAGAGAGACAGGCGAUGCUGCGGGAGCGAGCGAGGAAGUUGAUUGCGGACGCUAGAGCUGGAUUAGUGAGUCCGACGUCGCCGCUGUCCCCAUCCCGCAACAGAGGCACCGUCGAGAUCAUCAGCAAGCAGUCCGUGAUGGAGGAGCUAGCGGCAGCCGGUGGCGUGGAGCAGUUGGAGGCGAUGGUGUCGAGAGCGGACACCCCCCCUAGUCCUGGCUCCAGGAGUUUCGGCAGCGUGGACCGAUCUGUAACCGCAGAGGAGCGGGCGGGCGAGCGCAGCGUGCGCAGCGCCUCUCCGGGCGCGCGCCGCUCGCCGCUGCACUCCUUCUCCGCGCUCGUCGACCGCCUGGCGCCGGACCGCGACGAGGGCAAGGAGAGCGGGUCGUACAUCGCGAGCGAGCUGGAGGCGCUGGAGAGGGAGCAGAGCGCGGUGGACGAGAGGGCGGCCGCGCUCGAGAAGCAGCUGCGCCGCGUCAUGGAGUCGGCGGACAACACGGAGGAAGAGGACAGGCUGAUGUCGCAAUGGUUCCACCUGGUGAACAAGAAGAACGCGCUGCUCCGUCGCCAGAUGCAGCUUAACAUACUGGAGCAGGAGGAGGACCUGAGCCGGCGCUGCGAGCUGCUGGCGCGCGAGCUGCGCCUCUCGCUGGCGGUGGACGAGUGGCGCAAGACGCCCGGCCAGAAGCGCAGGGAGCGGCUGCUGCUGCAGGAGUUGCUCUCGGCCGUCAACGAGAGGGACAGGCUCGUCCAGGAGAUGGACGAGCAGGAGAAAGCGAUAGCGGAAGACGACGAGAUCGAGAGGAACCUGUCCAACGUCGAGAUACAAAGGAAGAACAACUGUAUACUGCAG